AUGAAGGCCCCGCCCCCUUGCCUCAAUUUGGGACAUCUCUGCAGGGCCAUCUUCCCUCCAGAACUUCCCUUGGGACAGGCGGAGGCUCUGUUAAGACUACAUCAGCAGUUCAACUUCUUCCUCCGCCCAGCCAACCUGCUGUCUUCACUCCCCUACAGGCUCCCCGAACCUCCUCCUGGGCCCGUGCACCCCGCCGGAGGCGCUCUGGAGGAGCAACGCCCCGCGGCCGCAGACCCGAGCACUCGCUUUGCCGGGCGGGGCCGGGCGGCGCGGCGCCCCGCAGCCGGGGUCCCUACCUGCAAGGCCCGCGUGCGGCCGCCCAGCGCCGAGCUGCUGUCCGAGCCCCGCGCGGCGCGCGCCUGCGCGCACAGGGGGGCGGGCCCGCCUCCCCGCAGGACGCGGAGCGCGGACCGCGCGCGGAGCCCGUUUGGGGGACGCCGGCCGGGGGCCCUCCUGCCAGGCCCCGACUGCGUGGGCCUAAUGUCCCCUAGCCCCGGGGUCGCAUUGCUGCGCGGGCGGGGCGGGUCGAGAUUCUCCCUGUCCCCCACCCCCUGCCUCACAGCUAGCAGCGCGCAGCGGGGCGCGGGGACCACGGCGCCGGAAGAGAGAGCCUGGUGGGCCCCUGAGCUGAGUGCAUUUGUAGUCGAUAUUGGCGAUGUACUCCUCCCUCCUAGUCCUUUUGGUGCGCGUGCGUCGAAUGGAGUGAGGGACGCAUGCGCUCGGCGCUUCUCGGCCCACCCAGCACCCAACAUACCGCCUCCCCCAGUGCGGAGAAGCACGUGGCUUGCUGCGACCAGAAGGAACAAUAAGUGUUUCUCACCCAAAGAGCCCGAACAGCUGCGGAAGCUCUUCAUCGGAGGUUUGAGCUUUGAAACAACCGAUGAGAGUCUGAGGAGCCAUUUUGAGCAGUGGGGAACGCUCACAGAUUGUGUGGUAAUGAGGGAUCCAAACACCAAACGCUCCAGAGGCUUCGGGUUUGUCACAUAUGCCACUGUGGAGGAGGUGGAUGCAGCCAUGAACGCAAGGCCACACAAGGUGGAUGGAAGAGUGGUGGAACCAAAGAGGGCCGUCUCAAGAGAAGAUUCUCAAAGACCUGGUGCCCACUUAACUGUGAAGAAGAUUUUUGUUGGUGGCAUUAAAGAAGACACUGAGGAACAUCAUCUAAGAGAUUAUUUUGAACAGUAUGGGAAAAUUGAAGUGAUUGAAAUCAUGACUGAUCGAGGCAGUGGCAAAAAGAGAGGCUUUGCUUUUGUAACCUUUGAUGACCAUGACUCUGUAGACAAGAUUGUCAUUCAGAAAUACCACACUGUGAAUGGCCACAACUGUGAAGUAAGGAAAGCCCUAUCUAAGCAAGAGAUGGCUAGUGCCUCAUCCAGCCAAAGAGGUCGAAGUGGUUCUGGAAACUUUGGUGGUGGUCGUGGAGGUGGUUUUGGUGGGAAUGACAACUUUGGUCGUGGAGGAAACUUCAGUGGUCGAGGUGGCUUUGGUGGCAGCCGCGGUGGUGGUGGAUAUGGUGGCAGUGGGGAUGGCUAUAACGGAUUUGGUAAUGAUGGAAGCAAUUUUGGAGGUGGUGGAAGCUACAAUGAUUUUGGCAGUUACAACAAUCAAUCUUCAAAUUUUGGACCCAUGAAAGGAGGAAACUUUGGAGGCAGAAGUUCUGGCCCCUAUGGUGGUGGAGGCCAAUACUUUGCCAAACCCCGAAACCAAGGUGGCUAUGGUGGUUCCAGCAGCAGCAGUAGCUAUGGCAGUGGCAGAAGGUUUUGAUUACUGCCAGGAAACAAAGCUUAGCAGGAGAGGAGAGCCAGAGAAGUGACAGGGAAGCUACAGGUUACAACAGAUUUGUGAACUCAGCCAAGCACAGUGGUGGCAGGGCCUAGCUGCUACAAAGAAGACAUGUUUUAGACAAUACUCAUGUGUAUGGGCAAAAAAACUCGAGGACUGUAUUUGUGACUAAUUGUAUAACAGGUUAUUUUAGUUUCUGUUCUGUGGAAAGUGUAAAGCAUUCCAACAAAGGGUUUUAAUGUAGAUUUUUUUUUUUUUUUU